UGAGAGACUGACAAGUGACAGCAGAUCGUUUAUGCUUUAGCUGUUUAUUUCUUUCAUUCUUUGUUUCUUUUUAAGAAGACGUCAAAAUGAAGAUCGGCCUUUGCGCUUACAGCGGUUACAAGAUAUAUCCUGGCCAUGGCAAAACCAUGGUUAAGGUUGAUGGAAAGACCUUUACAUUCUUGAACUCAAAAUGUGAGGCUGCUCAUCUAAUGAGGAGAAAUCCUCGUAAAGUAACAUGGACGGUGCUAUACAGACGAAAGUUUAAGAAAGGUCAAGAAGAAGAACAAACUAAAAAGCGUACUAGAAGAACCCAAAAGUACCAAAGGGCUAUUGUUGGUGCUUCAUUGAGUGACAUCAUGGCCAAACGUAACAUGAAACCUGAAGUAAGGAAAGCCCAGAGAGAGCAGGCAAUCAAAGCUGCAAAGGAGGCCAAAAAAUCCACUAAAGCUGCAAAGAAGACCACUGCACCUCCUACCAAAGCUAAGGCUCCUCCUAAAGCUAAGGCUGCAAAGGUUACACAGAAACCAACCACCCGUAUAGGUGGAAAACGAUAAUCAUUAAAAGGUUAAGAAAUUA